AUGCGUUCUAUCACACUUUUGGCCGCACUGGCUACCAAAGCUCUCUCAGUUGUGCUCCCGUGGCAAUCCGCCACUGAUGCAACCAGCGGAAUACAGCUACCUCUCGUGAUCUGGCACGGUCUGGGCGAUGACUUCGAACGAGAAGGCCUCGUUGAAGUUGCCAAAAUAGCCGAAUCCACCAACCCCGGCACAUACGUACACCUCAUCCGAGUAGCUAACGACGGUAGCGGAGACCGCUCUGCAACCUUCUUCGGCAACGUAACGGAGCAAAUCGCCCUAGUCUGCGAGCAGCUUGCUGCGGACCCCAUCCUCAGCACGGCCCCAGCCAUCAACGCGCUAGGUUUCUCUCAAGGUGGUCAGUUUCUACGCGGGUACAUUGAGCGCUGUAACAAUCCGCCCGUCCAUAACCUCGUCACAUUCGGCAGCCAACACAACGGCAUCUCUGCGUUUGAGUCGUGUGCCAUUGACAACUGGGUCUGUAAAGGGGCCGAGCAACUACUACGUUCGGGACGGUGGACGAGCUUUGCGCAGUCGCGUGUCGUGCCGGCGCAGUACUUCCGUGAUCCGGAAGAGCUAGAUGUCUACCUUGAACACAGCAAUUUCCUGGCGGAUAUCAACAACGAGCGCGCCGUCAAGAACGAGACAUACAAGAAGAAUCUGGUAUCGCUGAAUCGGUUUGCGAUGUUCAUGUUUGAGGAGGAUACAGUCGCUAUUCCUAAGCAGAGUGCUUUGUUCUCUGAGGUUAAUGCCACUAGUGGCGAGGUGACGGCUCUUCGCGAGAGGCCGAUCUACAAGGAGGAUUGGCUGGGGUUGAAGCAGCUUGAUGAGCAGGGGAAGCUGGACUUCAAGACUGCCCCUGGACAGCACAUGCAGCUGUCUGAAGAGAUCCUACGCAAGGCUUUUGGUCAGUAUUUUGCUCCGCUAGAGAAAGAGUCGCGUCCUCCGGCGCCGGGUCUCGUUGAGCAACGGGGACUUUGA